AUGAGUUCCAACUUUGACGACGAUAUUUACGGUGGAUUUACUGGUGUAACCAAUAAACUGUUCAAUUACGACGCGAAAGAAGAUCAAGCAUUUCAAAAUGCGGUGCGAACGUCUAGCUACGGGAAAAAGACAACGACACCAAAGUUUUUCUGGAACGGCGAUAAAAUCGGUUCAGCAGAACCGACCACGGCCAUGGCCCGCCCGUCUACGGCAAUCCGGCCGGUCGGGUACUCGUCGCACAGUUCGAAGUUGUUCGACCCGCUCAACCAGGCAGCGAAGAAGAUAGUCGUGAUGGAGAGCAAAAAGGAGGAAACACCCGAGCAGCGGUACAAGAACCUCGAGACGAAGAUUUACGCGUUGCUAGAGGAAUCAAUCGUGGCCAGCACGGGCCCAAAGCCAGACAUGGCGAUGGGACUGGCGAAGGCAAAGGAAGCCUCGUCCCUUGACCGGACUUUGCUCCGGAUGCGGGAUCAGGACGGUGGCACUUACACGCACAACUUUGAUCUUACUUUCUUCGUGCUGUUCAAUUUGGCCAACGUGUACGCCAAGAGUGAAAUGUACAUCGAGGCGCUCAACACAUACACUCUAAUGACAAAGAACAAAAUGUUUCCGAACGUGAAUCGCUUGAAAAUCAACAUGGGCAACAUUUUCUUUCAUCUGGGGCUUUACACGAAAGCGAUCAAAAUGUACCGGAUGGCGCUGGAUCAAGUGCCGGGAAAUCAGAAGGAGCUACGGCUGAAAAUAACACACAACAUUGGCAUCCUCUUUAUCCGCAUGGGCCAAUAUUCCGAUGCAGCUACCAGCUUUGAGUUUAUUAUGUCCGAAAAGGGUGACCUGAAGACGGGAUUGCACCUGAUCUUGUGCUACUACGCGUUGGGAAACGUGGACAAGAUCAAACACGCGUUCCAGCUGCUGUUGGACAUUCAAAUCGAUUACAACGAGGAGGAAAAGGUGUUUCAGGCAAAUUCUAAUGCGUCGUACGAGUACAUCAACGAGCUG